AUGUCUGAGCGAGCAACAUUGCAAAAAACACCAUUGCAAAAAUCUAUAGCGUCAGAGGGUAACAGUGCUCUGUUACCGUAAGCCUAUGUGGCUAUUUGUAUAAAAUGCCUAACUGUUUGGAAAGGAGAAUGAGAUCUUUUAACAUUACUGCUUCAAAAUUUUCCACUCUUCAACAAAUCACUUAGAGACUGUUCCCUCAGCAGACAGUUAAUUUUGCCUCCCGAAAUUCUCGGAAAACAAAAAUAACUGUUUCCCUCGUUACGCGGUAGUCAGCGGAUUUUACAGAAUAUCUUUCCUGAAAUAUAUGACAAUGACAAUGAUGAUGCAAGAGAUAAACAGGCACUGUUUUUGGUCAUUCGGUAACGUCUUAUUGCAAAGUGAUUGAAAAGAACUAAAGAUAGACCAUGCCUCUUUCACGUCGAUGGGUAGCAUAUUGUCGAGGUCUGUGGAACGUCAUAUGACCUUCCAUAAUAUGUCAAUGUUCCAUGUAUCAAUGUCUUGUUCCUGCAGGUCCUGUGGUCAGCAUCAUGUCAAAGACUCCAACAAAGACAAUUUCAUUUGUCAAUCUCAAAAUGAUUUUCUGGGCCAUCACAUGUGUCAAAGGCUUGACUCCAGGGUUGGAAUUUAAACGUUGUAAACUCUGCGGUAAGAGUUUAUACAGUAGUGGAAAAUAGGAAACAAGUUUUCAUUACACAGUGUAGUUUUAAAUUUAUGUACAAAGCCUAGAGAUUGAUCCCUUAUAUAAAAGUUUAAUGACAAAGCUAUACAUCAUACCUGUAAAUAGACUAGUAUACAUGUUGUAUCCAGUUUCAAAAGAGUUCUAAGCAUGCCCUCAAGAUUAUAUAUUGAUGAUCCUGGGAGCACUCCUUAAUGUCAUGGUUCUAGUGGCCCAACCAAUAUCAUUAAAAUGUACGGUUACCGGCCAGCUACUUGUGGCUCCAAUCACAAGUUGUAUAACUUUAACAUUCAUAUUCCAGAGUUUGAAUUCCAUACAUCUCUCGCCAGGUCCUGAAACGUUGAGAUAAUUUGAUAAGUCCUCGAAUACUCGACAAAUCUUUUAUGCUUCAUUGUCCUCAGUAGUAGUAGUAGUAGUAGCAGCAGCAGCAGCAGCAGCAGCAGCAGCAGCAGCAGAAGUAGUAGUAGUAGUAGUAGUAGUAGUAGUAGUAGCAGUAGCAGUAGCAGCAGUCGAAAGCAAUAGCAGUGAAAGAGUAAGAGCAGCAGAAGUAGAAGUAGCAGAAGCAUCAACAACAGUGGCAACAGCUUAACAGCAGUAGACUGGUUGAAGUUUCGAUCGACAAGAAAGGAAUGUUAGGUAAUUUUCGUAAUUACACUUGACUCUUAAUUGAUCGGCUUCAAGUCAGUAAACCAUUUUCAAUCUGUUUUUGAAAUCAUAUUUCUUCUAUCAGGCCCAACAAACCGAAAGAAUGUAGAGUUCAAAGCGUCUCCCUGGCCGUUCAUACCAUUCAGAACACGAUUCAAUUUAACGCUUGUAUUUAUUCCAGGUAAGCUAAAACUAUCUUGGCUUUAUUCCUUUUAACGACUCGCUGCAAUAGUACACAUGUGUGAUUAGGUGAGGAACUACACUCAACUCUUCCUACGACGGACACCGAAGGGGCCAACCCUUCCCUCUUAGACAAGUGUCCGACAUUUAGAGGUGCAGAUAACGUGACACCGCUGAUAAUUGUAAGAUGACUGAUAAACCUGGACCUACGCUCAAAGACAGCUAUAAAAUGAAAGUGGUGCAACAUCUCGCCUCUCAACCAUAAAAUCGAGCUUGUGAGAAGCCUUGCAGCUGUUCAAAAUGUCCAAUUUAAUUGGACCCCUAGCUGUAUGACCCAGUUCUUAUGUUUUCUCGCUAGGGUUCAACUGUUAAUUUUUUUUGCUCACUGCAGUUUUCCCAACCAAUCCCUAAGAUCUUCCGAGAAUUAAUCUGCAAGGUCGCAAUUUUUUAUUUAUUUUUUUAAUUUUUAAAAAUUUUUUAAAUUUUUAAAACUAAACUAGUGAGCAGCACUCUGCGAACUGUUACUGUAAAACUUGUUUAUUCUUCAAUAUUUGCGCCCAUUAUUAUUUUUACUCAUAUUAUGGCUUAAAUACAGGCGUUUAGUAUUUUAUUGUAAAACUCCCUGAAGAAGUCUACGUUAGUUAGACGAAACGCGUAGGGAGAAUAAACAAGUUUUACAGCAACAGUUCGCAGAGUGGUGCUCACUAGUUUAGUUUUAAAAAUUGAGCUUAUUCAAAUUUUUCAAAUUUUUGUUAACAGGAAAAAAACGUGAAAGGCGGGAAAUAUGGCUAGUAUUUCCUUGGUCAAAGAGUUUUGAGGGAAAAAAAUUAACCGGCAUAUCAAGAAUUUCCUGGAUCUGCCUCUGGUCCCAUGAAAAAAACUAAGAAAUAAUUUGACUGCUUAAAUCAUCCCAAACUGAUCAAUUAUUCGACUUAAAGAUAAAUUAAUGAUUUUUUUGUUAUAUUUUUGUUUUUUUUAUCCUCCAUAAGAUGAAGCCAUUUUUGCGGCGACAUCAGAGUACAAGGUGUGGAUAGAACCGAGCGGCCAAUUGUAUUUAAGGGGGACGGAGGACGUUUGCAGCCAGAAUGAAAAUUUCUGCAGUUUAGCGGCGGGUGGUGAGUAACUGGUUAACUAAAUAAAAAAACAAUAUAUAAAUAAAUAAACUAGUCAACAAAUAAUGAUGAUGAUGAUGAUGAUGAUAAGUCAUUAGAUGUGAGUGUUUUGUUCUUUAGUUUGUGAUGGAAAUAAGAUGCACAAUACUAAACAUGAACGGUGGAAAAUGGAAAGGUUGUAACCGAAGAAAAAUAGACUAAAGGAAUUCCACUUGUCCUAUUUUAAGAAAUCUUCUUAAGCACCAUUUAAAACGCCCAUAACAUUAACAUCAAGUAAUGAUAAUAACAAUAAUAAAGAUACAUGUACACGUUUCAUGUGAUCAAACCCGAGUUUUUGACAAGCACUUUACAUUUGUUAAACCAAAAUUCUACCAAAAUCAUUCAUGACAAAUCAUUAAGUUAUCAAGCCUUAACACGGUUUUGAGGAGUAGGCAACCGCCCGAGAAUGUAAUGUCGAAUAAUUUCCAUAAAACGGCUGUUCUGAAAAAAAUGUGAAUUGUAAACUAAAGCUACACAGUAAAGGAUUUUACUAUGAAAUCUUGGGGGCCGUUACUGUGCUCAGUUAAAUUUCUCCAGACACUUGCGUUAGAUUUUCCAUAUAUUUGUCUGCACUUUUUCCCGGGAACUUUUUACAGGCAAAUGUAUAGAAAAUUUUAAAAACUGAGUGCUUCUAGCGCAUGUAGCUGCAUGUAACGACCUCAAAUUUUUUCAGUAAAAUCGUUAGGAGUGAAGCUUCAGUUUACAAUUCAUUUUUUUUUUUUUUUCAGAAGAGCCGUUUUAGGGAAAUUAUUCGACAUUACAUUCCGAUACAAAUAAACAUUGUAAUUUCUCACGUGGUGUCCAAAACCGUGGUAAGGCCUAUUGAUGUGUAGUUUUUGUUUUUGUUUUAUUAUGCUAGCCGUGCAGCCAACUCGAACACUCUUUUUGAUAAUCAAUGACAAUAGGAAGUUUCAAGAGUUGUGCGUGAAUCAUAUCGUCUACCGCCUUCCACUGUUUUCUUUCCUUUUUUUUUUCAACUAUACCCUGUGGCCAGUUAGCAAAAAAAUCCGUCAUAAGGGAAAGCCCCGAAAUUAGACAUAUUAAAUUCUGCAAGCAAAAUACUGUAAUGCUGAUCGUACUACGUGAAAAUUAACUCUGCAAGACAUCAACACCACACCGAAAGAACUCAAAACAGAGCGGGAUUGUAGCCAUAGACAGCUGUUACCCCAUCUUUGGGGUUCGUCAGUAUGGCGUAACAACCAGAGAUCAGGCUCUCAAGAAAAUUAUCCGCGCACUCUGAUUUUAGCCCUGACCCAGAACUUUUUAAUAACACCCACAGAAUCACGCCAUACCACGUGUCUUCUAGGGGGCAAGAGUCAAGUUGAUGUAGAAUAGGGCUUCAUUUUUCAGGAAACUGAUCAGUUGGUUGAAGAUUUUAUCUAGACUAGGGAAACAGCUACUUUAGGAUAGGGGGUAUUUGGGGAGUUUACUCUAGUAUAGGGUAGCAAAAUUUAGCUGAACUGGCUCUGGUAUGGGUUAAGGGUUCCAGGGUCCCAGCGGCACAUCCCCACCCAGAAAUUCCUAAAGUGCCCCCCCGGGACAAAACCAUGAAAAAAUUACAUAUAAAAGAUCUACAGCUCAAAACUUCAUAAAGUACAAACAUUAACCAUAUUCGUUUGCGUUCCUUUGCAGUCCCUUGUGGUUAAUGUUUGUACUUUAUGAAUUUUUGGGCCGUAGAUCUUUUAUAGAUCCGAUAUGCUGUAAUUCUUGCAUGGUUUUGUCCAUGCUUUAUAGGUUGGUUUUGGCCAGUUCUUUGACAUCAACUUGAAACUUGGACUCUUGCCCCCCAGAAGACACGUGGUAUGGCGUGAUUCUGUGGGUGUUACUAAAGAGUUCUGGGUCAGGGCUAAAAUCAGAGUGCGCGGAUAUUUUUCAUCAGAGCCUGAUCUCUGGUUGUUACGGCAAACUGACGAACACCAAAGAGGGCGAAACAGCUGUCUAUGGCUACAAUCCCGCUCAGUUUUGAGUUCUUUCGGUGUGGUGUUGAUGUCUUGCAGACUUAAUUUUCACGUACUACGACCAGCAUUGCAGUAUUCUGCUUGCAGAAUUAAAUAUGUCUACAUUAAUAUUUUUUGCUAAUCAGGUCUUUAUAGAUCCUACCUUCUUCGGCAUAUUCGUUUGCGGUCCUUUGCAGUCCCUUGUGGUUAAUGUUUGUACCCCGAAAUUAGUUAAGAUGCCGUGUUAAGUUUCUUAACUUUAAGGCCCUCCUUCUAACAGUGUUGAUGCAUAUUUGCUAACUAGUCUUUAAUGAAAACUGAAAAAAAAAACGUGGAAGAGUCUAUUCAAUUAUGUACGAAAAAAGUGAUUUGCUAAAAGGCGGUAAAUACAGUCGAACCUCCAGUCCAGUCAAAGCCUUACCUCCUGUAAGCGACCUCAACCACUUUUUGGGCCUGACGGUUAAAGAUUUUCCAUUGUUUUUAACCUCUUGUAAGCGAUCGCUUGACGCAUUCUCUGAUUUCUAAGUUCACUGUAGGGGUGCACUAUGCUACUCAGAAUAUACGACGAACUUUAGUGACAACAUGUACUAGACAUGUGGUAACUUAGAAAUUGCAUGCAAUAAAUUAUCCUCCAUAAAGGAGAUGUCUCUCAGGACCUCUUUUCGGAAGAAGGCUCCGGUGGUUCGAUUGUAAACGACCACCCCCAGUAAGCGACCACUCAGUCUUUGCAUUUUGAGUGGUCGCUUACGCGAGGUUCGACUGUAAUGGUAUACAGAAGUAUAAACGAAGUGGAUGUUGCUGUUGUUGCUUUUUUUAUUUAUUGUGAGUUUUUUAACUGUUGUUAGCAAUUUGUAAUUUUUCAUCCUUGUUUCCAUUUCUUAGAAAAGUUUGUUUUGAAGCAUUCUGAUAUACUGAGAACAUUUCCAGCGGGUCUCAAGGUAAUAUAAUGUUACAACAGAAAAACCUUAACUUUUCACCACCAUAGACUAUUUUGCUUUUUGAGUUUAUGGUGAGGGUUAUCUUCUAUUUUUCGGUGACUAAUUGCCCACCCACGUCGUUAAAACAACAGUCGACAACACUCUUGUCGACAUAUUAUACAACUGAAAAGGGUAAUAUUGAAGCAAACUGCGCCUUGUACGUGUACACGGCUGCUUGUGGAAGAGGCAGUUAUUCUCCAAAAGAUUUUCAAAACAGUUUUGAGAGAGAAUCCAUUGUCUUUCGUAGCUGCCUGUUAAUAUUCCUUGCAACUUGGCACUGAUCGUCGGCUGCAAUGGAUAUGAGUUGUAACGUCAUAUGUUGUAAAAAGUACGUCCGUUUAAAAACAAAAAUUUCCAAACGUUGCCGGCAUUUUUGCGCAAGAAAAGGCGUAAAACAGUACCAAUCACAAAUCUACGCUUUAAGUGGAAACAAAACCAUAUAACCCUGAAGCGUAUAACUCUGUUCCAAUCCCGGGGGGUACUCCCAUACAUUACCUAUACGGGUAUGUGCCGCCCAACGGGGUGGUGAUUUUGAAGCUCCUGAUUUAAAACGGGGUAUCCAUUUCAGAGGCGUUUUCUAAAACGGGGUAUAAAAAAUUGUGGAUCACGACUUUAUCUUCUGCUUAAAAUUGUUGCUGAUUAUGAAGAAGCAUUUAUUUGAUGUAUAAGUCGAACAAAUAAAGAAAUAUCUUUUUAAAAAAACAGGGCUAUUUCAAUUUACAAACUUUCUGGAACGGAGUAUAAAAAAUUGGCCCAUUUCUAGAACGGGGUGUCAGUUUUAGGGCGAAUUCUAGAACGGGGUAUAAAAAAUUGACCCAUUUCUAGAACGGGGUAUCAAUUUUAGAGGAAAUUUUUUUGAGAACGGGGUGCCAAUUUGCAGUCCCGGGCGGCACAUACCCACCCAAAAAAUACCCAAGUGCCCCCCCCCCCCCCCCCGGCCGGGACCACACACCCCCGCCAAUCUGCGCAGGACAGAAAACGUGCAGAAACCCCCCCCCCCCCCCCCGGGGUUCUAAUGCUGGUGUUUUUUGGUGAAGCAAUCAAAAUGGAGUUACUGAUACGUGCGCGCAAUACUGUCGGGCGAGUGCCGAUGAAAGCCUUGUACGGCGAUGAGAACGAAGCGCAAGAUGUAGAAUAUAAAAAGUUUUACCAUGCACACUGAAACGAGAAACUACUUAUAUAUCGAGCAAGAAGAUAUUUUGUUAAGGUAAGUUUUCCAAAAGCAGCUAAAAGUUGUACACUCCAAAACGCAGCUUAGCGCACGCAAAUAACAACACGCUCGUCUGGUCCACGAUUUGUUAAUGUAAAUUUUUUUGUCUGUUGAUUAUCUUGUAUAACAAAUUGAAAAAUGCCCAGCGUGAACUAUGGAGUUACGAAUGUACUCUAAGAAUCCGUCAUUAGACGGAUGCCUUCAAUAGACCAAUUUCGACAUGUUAUAAAAUUUAGAUUCGACAGCGAGGUUUGGGGAAUAAAGCAAAAGAAAUGUAUUAAUCAUUGUUGAGCCUCUUUAGUUUAUUCCCACAAGCUUCGGUGCUAAGUGUGAAUUUUAUAUUUCGAGAUUGGUCUAUUCUGUGAUUCAAUAUUUGGACAAAAAUUUCUGUGCUCCUGAUUGGUCGGCAAAAAAACCGCAGCAUGGUUCUGGUGCAAAUAACUGCUAUUUUGAAACUGGUCAUCAGGUCCACAGCAGCGCAAUAUUUCCCAUUGCUAUAGAAAUUGGAAACCUAUCGAUGCCAGAAUCUUGAUGUCAGCGUACACCCGUUCGCCCACUCGUACAGACUGUAAGGAAGGGGAAAGGGCAAUUCUGCAAGGAAGAGAACGUGGCUCUCCUAGAAAGGGCCACUGGAGUUGUUCCAGUUAAAGUUUCUUUCGUUUGACUUACGUCAAGAAAAACUUACUUUUUAGCUUUGUCACGCUCUUCUAGCUCCUUGCCGCUGGGGAUGUUUCGCCAGGAGAGACGUCUGUCUGUUUCGCCAGUGUCCACACUGUCGGAGCAUUACAUUGCUUGAUAUAUUACCGUCCCUCACGUCCAACCUUUUAUACUGACCGUCUUUGUUCUUUCUUUACAUACUGUAGGUGAAUUUUGGAGCAGAAUUGAAAAUCUUUAACCAAGAACACAAGAUGGUUUUUUGCGCUUCAUGUGAGGCAACGUUACGUAGCUAAAGAGAUCGUCUCUGUUAUCAAGUAACAAUUUAAAAUAGCUAGUUAAAAUAAACGUGAACCCUGAAGUUCAAAUUAGUUAAAUGGAUGAUUCGGUUUUAUUCGAUUUGCUGGUAUUAAUUACAGAAUAAUACAUGGGCGCGCAGAGACAUUUAAUACAUCUAAUUUCAGCGUCAAUUUGAGACUUCGAGAUAUAGCUAUUUGAACACAAGAUGAUAGCAACUUCAAUUUUUUCAAGCGUCCAUGUGUUCCUAUGUCGAAAAAAUACCUUUGUUGUUAAAAUAAAUAUUUCAAUCCAAUUUGUCACAAAUCUAACUAAAGGUGAAACAGCUUUAAUACUCAAAACAAUAAGACGCAUGCUCAAUUUAAGCUAUGUUUUUUACGCUACAUUCUGAUUUAUAAUCUAGAAGUAUCGUUCAAUUUUCAUAUUACAUUUUUACAAUUAAGGUUUUUUCCUUACUUACGGCUAUUUACUUCGAGCUCCCGAUAACUCGAACUCCCAAUAAUACGAACUUUUUUCGAUUUGCCUUGAAGGUACGAGUUAUCGGGAGUUGUCUGUAUAUAAAGUGUCUAUUCUACAGAUAUGAAGUUUUUAGUCAGAAUUCUACGUCAUUUUACUGAGAAUAUCUAGAGGAAUAACCUUGAGAAUAGGGGUUGUUAGGGAGAUUAAGCUUUUAGAUCAAUUAGCUCUCUCCUCUAUCUUUUCCCCUCAUAUGAUCUCCUUAUAUAUCACAGCAACAGAGGAACCGUAAAUAGUCCUGUUAGCAUAUAGUUUUCCUUCACCUGGCUUAGUUUACUCGCCUUCUGAUUAAAAGAUACUUGCUCUUAUUAAGUGUCAAUGUGUUAAGCACGAAGGUACUAAUAUUGAGGACAUUACGUAAGUAGGUCUGUAUGAUCGUUCGGGUGAACGUAGACCUGAACGGGACCGUUGUUUUUGACAAUGACUGACGUUACUACAACCUGUGCGUUAGUCACGUUCAGAGUCAAAGUGAGUUAUAUCACGUCAGUUGACGGUAUGAAACUCUGGUUAUUGACCUGGCCCCAGUUUCUCAAAAGUUGGAUAGCGCUACCCACUGGAUAAAUCACUAUCAAAAGGAUAAGUGUUAGGGAAACCAAUUGCACUAUCCAGUGGAUAGCGUUAUCCACCUUUUGAACAACUGGGGCUUGAUUGGUCAAUUAAGUUAUAUCUAUAUAUAUAUAUACACCUAAUUGCAAAAACGUUGUCAUGAAAAAAAUGAAAA